AUGAAGUUCAACAAGAGUGUGUCUGGUUCACGUCGCAAGAAUCGUCGGCGACAUUUCAAUGCUCCUUCGCAUAUUAGAAGGAAGAUCAUGAGCUCGCCAUUGUGCAAAGAGCUUAGACAAAAAUACAACGUACGCAGUAUCCCCAUCCGCAAAGAUGACGAAGUUCAAGUUGUCAGGGGGCACCACAAAGGAGCUCAAGUUGGCAAGGUUGUCCAAGUAUACAGAAAGAAGUACAUCAUACACAUUGAAAGAAUCCAAAGGGAAAAAGUCAACGGUGCGACUGUCCAUGUCGGCAUUCACCCAUCAAAAGUUGUCAUUGUCAAACUCAAAAUGGACAAAGAUCGUAAGUUAAUUUUGGAACGCAAGGCCAGAUCCAAACAAUUAGACAAGGGCAAGCACUCCGAAGAGUCAGUCAUGGAAACUGCCUAG